GUGCUGUAAUGGUAGAUGUAAGACAGAUUUUGGACCUUCUUACAGAACGUCGAAAAAAGGUAGCGACAGCACAAAAUGCCCACAGCAACGAAACAUUUGGCGUCAAGAUUGAAAGGGUAAGUUUGGUAGAGGCAGAAAGGAGCGCAUCCAAUAGGCAGGCGUUAGCUCGCAAUCUUUUGGAUGCGCUCCUUCCCAAGUCUAUACAAGCGGUAUCCAGCGCCUACGGGAGCAAAGAGAAGCAGCCAAUCCGCAGGGCUUUGUUGAAGGCUAUACGAAGUCACUGCUUUUUGAAAUACCCGUCAAAAGAUGAAAGAUGCGAGUGGACGAGAAUUAUUAAGGUCCUAACGGACAAAUGUAGAGACCAAGGUAGAAGAUCAAAUAAGCAAAACAUCCACACGGGCAUUGAGAGAGAAGAGAAAUAAAUAGACAGGAUACUAUAUACUCUAGAUAUUCUAUUAGAAUAUAGUAAGUAUGCUAACGGUAUAGUACGUAUAUUUUUCUUUAUUUAAUUAAAGACAGCUGUGAU